ACUUGUGUCUGACGCGAAAGGUUUUUUUUCGGUCUGUGCGCAGCUGCUUCAGUUGUAGUUUUUCUACGUGUUUUAAGAGAAAAAGUGAAUGAAGACAUCAGACAGAGAACAGAAGUCCUCCUCCUCGGUUUAGGUCCAGCCUCACCCUCUCUCAGAUCAUCUCCAUCAUCCUCCAGCUCAGAUGUCAACUCCAGAUGCAGCAGGGACUCCAGGAGCUCCCGGGGCCCCGGAAGGUGAGGGGGGUCCUCCAGCUCAGGCCCCAAACCUGACGAGCAACAGACGACUCCAGCAGACACAGGCACAGGUGGACGAGGUGGUCGACAUCAUGCGUGUGAAUGUGGACAAAGUCCUGGAGAGAGAUCAGAAGCUGUCAGAGCUGGACGACCGUGCCGACGCCCUGCAGGCCGGAGCCUCGCAGUUUGAGAGCAGCGCUGCCAAACUCAAGAACAAGUACUGGUGGAAAAAUUGCAAGAUGAUGAUCAUCAUGGCCGUUGUAGGUGUUAUAUUUGUUGGCGUCAUUUUCUUGUAUUUCUUCUACUGAGCUGCUCUUCAGGGAUGGACGCACAGGUCAAAGGACGAGUCUGCACCACCAAACGCCAAAUCCAGCCUCUCCUCAGUGCUCCUCCACCCCAGCGAUGCCUUCCUCCAAAGCCUCCAUGCAUGCUCACGUAAUGUGCUCCACUACCUCCUUAUUGUGCCUCUGCAUGAGGCCGGUUUCCUGACUUUGUUACCGGGUUGGGUUUACUGCAGGUGUAAAAUCUGUUGACCCAGGUUUGUCCUAUAAACACUGAAACAAAAAGAAAAAAACCUCCUGCUGCGCCUGGUUUUUCUGCAGCUCAGUGCAUGCAAGAUUCAUGGACAGGAAGCAGUGUGAGGUUUACUGGACACCAGUAAGAGCUGCAGUCGAAUAGUCAGCUAGCUUCUCUUCAGAGGGCUUCUGAGUGACCCAGAGGAAUGUGAGCAGCAUCCAAAAGAGCUGUUUGAGUUCCUUAAAUACAAAGGAAAGGAGCAUCAGUGCUUCCUUUAUUACCUCCUUUAGCAGAGGAUACACUGGAGCAGUGCCAUCCCAUAAUUCACAGCAUUGCAGACUAAUCUUGAAAUAAAAUGAGGUUUACGUGUUAUACUAAAAAUCUCUACCGCAAAUUAAGGCUUUGUGCUUUAAAUAUAAAAUCAUCUCUGCAUGAAGAUGAUCAUCUAUCCAAGUAAAUUUAGGCGUACCAUAAUUCAGUUCACAUAAUGCAGCCUUUAGGAUUCUCAUCGUCAGUCAUGGAAAUCUUAAUAAAGUCAGGAGUGACACUGGAUCGCGGAUCAGCAGGAAGGGAAAUUAGAGAUAUUAAUCUUUUCUGUAAAGUUACAGCUUUGUAAAGACGAAAGCCUGCAUCGAACAAAACAGUGCAAACUUUGUUAUCAGGCUUGAAACCCGUCGUCUCUGUCAGGCUUUGAGGUUUCGAUGAUCCAGCAGCAGGAAGCCCGACUAUGAUGAACCUGCUCUGCAGCACACCCCUCAGAACAGUUUGUUGCCUAAAUCGACCAAUUCUUUCUCGCUCUUCAUCCUAACGCUCACGCCACGAAUCCUCAUGAGUGACACUGAAAUCUGGUUUCCUACUCGAGCUUGAAACAUUUAAGCACAGCUAUUCUUUCUUUGUGUUAAACCUGGGUUUACAGAUUCCUGCUUGGCUCUUCUCUUGGUGCAGACCAUUACUGAGCAGAAAUCUGACUUCCUGUGUGAUUAACCCACCUGCUCGCUUGCCCAGCUUCCGUCCGGAGUUACGAUGCCGCGGCUGUCCUGCAUUUGUUUCAUCGUGUUGUGAACCAGCCUGAGUUUUGUUAUCUGUGGUUUGAAUGUUCAACAUGUUUCUUUGUUCAGCCUGAAUCUGAUUCCCGUGUGUGUGAAGGAGCUUUGAGGCUGAAGUGAUUAUUUAACCUUUGAAAUAUAUUAGUCCAUCUUAGACCGAAUGGUGGAAGGUGGGAGUCGCUCAUCAUCAUCAUCAUCAUCAUCAUCAUCAUCAGUGUUUCUUCUGUACUUCUUUGACACGCUCAGAGAGAACAGCCUGGACUUUCAAAUAAAGUCAUGUUUGCUACACA